AUGCCGCAGCCUACGAAGGUGUACUGUGCGUUGUGUCCUGACGGCGCGAAGGCCGUGUGGUUCGCGGACAAGAAGGGGUUGCAUCAGCAUCUGACACAGGCGCACACCGGGAAGACAGCGUACGCGUGCGCGGAGUGCGGCGCGACGGGCUUCAAGGCGCCGCUCGACCUGCAGGCCCACGCGUCCGCGAAGCACCCCAUGAACAUCAAGUGCGAGCGCGCGGAGUGCCCGCUGCUUUUUAGCUCGCAGGCUAGAUGCACCAGCCACGCGCGGGUGGUGCAUCCCGCUCCUGUUCCCGUUCCCGCAACCGCACCCGUUCCUGCCUCAGCCCCCGUUCCCGCACCCGUCCCAGCUCCAGCUCCCACCCCAGCAUCCGCACACAAACACGUCGAGGAAGAAGACCACACCUGCGCGCUCUGCGGCACACCCUUCCCGAGCGCGAUCGCGCACGUCGCGCACAUGAAGAGCAGCCACGCGGGCGCGCACCACGUCUGCGGCCUCGGCGGGUGUGCGCGCGCGUUCCGCACGAGCGCGGCACGGCAGCAGCAUAUCGCGGAUGCGCAUCCGCGCCGUGCGACGUGUGGGGUGUGUGGAGUGCCGUUUGUGGGGCCCGAGGUGCGUGAGGGGCAUGUGCGGGCGAGGCAUCCGUCGGCACCGCCUCUAGCUCCGUCGACGCCGCCGCCGCCACCUCCACAGCAACAGCAGAAGGCUGCGCCUGUUGUCAGGGUUGAUACGAGGGUUGAGCCUGCGUUCAAGUGCGACGAGUGCGGCCCGAGUGGCAAGACGCUCGGAACCGCCGCGGCGCUCGCGCAGCACAAGAGCGCCGAGCACCGUUUCGCAUGCGACGCGUGCACCGUUGUUCUAUCGUCCUCCGUCGCACUCGCACAGCACACCGUCGACGCGCACCGCGUCCUCUGCGCGCACUGCGGGCUCUACCUCCGUAACGACAACGAGCUGCGCGCGCACCGCAAGGCCAAGCACCUCCGGUUCGAGUGCAUGUCGUGCCGCGGCGCGGACUUUGCGUCCGCGGGGGAGCUCACCGCGCACCUCGAGGCGACGCACUACGUGCGCUGCGCGCAGUGCGGGCAGACGUUCGUGUCGCGGGAGGAGAUGGAGCUGCACGUGGACCUCGUGCACUCGUUCCCGUGUGCGCUGUGCGAGGCGUAUUUCGAGACGGAGGCGGAGCUCGCGGAGCAUGGUGAGCGGGCGCACGACGCGGAGCGCUACCCGUGCGACCGGUGCGCGGAGAAGUUCGGGUCGCAGGCCGAUCUGGAUGCGCAUGUCGGGCGGGAACACCCGCCGCCGCUGCCGAUGUUCAGCUGCGGCUUCUGCGAGCUGCGCUUCGCUACGUUACAGCAGGCGGAGGAGCACGGGUACGCGGCGCACACGUGCGUGACGUGUCUGAAGACGGGCUUCCGGAGCCGCGACGCGCUGGAGGAGCACGUCGGGGAGCACCGGUACCCGUUCAGGUGCGGCGUGUGCGGGACGCGAUACACGGAGGAGGAGGAGCUGUCGGAGCACUUUAGGCGCGUGCCGGAUGUGCACCCCGUGUGUCCGCGGUGCGGGCUGGGGUUCGAGGCCGAUGGGGAUCUUGCGAUGCAUGUUGAGUCGUUCCAUCCUCGCAUUCCUUGUGAGGUCUGCGAUGGCGAGGUAUUUGAGGCUGAGGAUCUUCCGAGGCACUGGGUGACUUCGAGUAAACAUCCGACUUGCUUCCGAUGCUCAGAGGGCUUCCCGAGUCACCAGGCAUUCAUCGAGCACGGUUCAUACCAGCAUCCAGACAUGCAUUGCAUUCUUUGCCACUUCCAGUUUGAUACAGUUGAGGGCCUAGAAAACCACGUCAAACAUUUCUCAAAGCAUCCACAGUGUGAAGUUUGCGGCGAGCGAUUUCCCGACGAAGAGAUGCUCCACCACCAUCUCGUCAAGGGCCACAGGCAGCCUUCCCUGGAACCAGACCACGUCAGACGCAGCUCGUGGCCCGAGUCUGUCGCUGCAACGUCGACGGCUCAUGAGGAUACACCAUUCACCACGGCACCAGCCACUCCUCCGCAAGUCCGCAGGAUAAGCCUGUCCAUAAAGCAAGACAGCCCAUCCUACGCGGCUGUAGUCCCGCUACCAGCCAGUGUGAGCCGCGCGUCGAGUCCAAGGUCUUUCCGUCGUGCGUCCUUGACCUCGUCCGGCACGAGAGCCUCCAUAGGCGGUGUCGCCUCGCCCUUACGACGCGGCUCGCCGCUUGCGCGUGAGCAAGGCCGCCGGCUCUCGCUGUCUGGACUCGCCGAUUCAGCUGUGAUGAACAUCGCAGCAUCGUCACCGCUGUCCAACGUGGCGGAUAUCGCGACCCCCAUCCCCGAGCGGCGAUUCUCAGCAGCUAGCUACGGCGCUCGAAGCAACCCGUUCAACCCCGAGAACCGGCCGGAGACACCGCCAGGCUACUUUGACUCUCCUAGGCGCGUGUCGUCUUCGCCGAGGAGAAUCGACUCUACGAAUACGAGUGUCUCGAGCGUCAGCUCGCGUCGCGUGCCCAGGCUCGUGAUUGACGACGAUCACUCUACCUCCUCGGACGAGUCGGGUUCGCCUGUGUCUCCGGAGCUGACAUCGCCGUCGGUGGGUCUUCCGGAAAUAGAGCAUGUCGCACCCACUCCGACUUCGGAUGGAGGGUGGUCGGUGCCGUCUCGGACUCGGAGUAGCAGCAAGCUGUCAUCUCCGACGCUCACCUCGGCUGCACCAGCCUCGAAUGUUGCGCAGACGCAGAUGCAUAAGACAUCAGCGUUUUAUUCGCCCCAGGAUUCGUCUGCUCAGGGUUCGACGGAUGUAACAAGGAUUACGAUGCCGUCUUUGUCGCAGAUAAAGGUUCCAUAUUCAAGCCCUGGAAGGCCGCCGCGAAGCUUUAUGCUACCCUCUCAAUCGUAUCUGACGGUGCCCCGCCGUUUCACUCGGCCAAGCUCUGUCUCUAUCACACCCAGCUCUAUCUCCCCGCAGUCGGCCGGUAUACCCCUAUCUGGCAUGUCCCCUGGUGGAGGCAUGACGCCUGUGACACCCGACUUCGUGCGCGAAGCUCGGGCGUACCUUGCCAUCACAAACGGACCAGAGACUCGAAUGCGGAUGCAGGACGGGGCAGAGCACUCGGAGGCGCCUUCGGCGCCGAGGACCCCCCCUCCACGGACCCAGACUCCUCCCAUGCCACUGAGCUCUGGUCUUUCCUCCCCUUAUGUUGGCGAAGACAGCUACGGCUAUCUUAAUGGCGGGCAGCGCCGCGAGGUUCACUUUGAGGAGAGACUCGUGGAUGAACGGUGGGAUGCGUCGCAGUCUUACUCUCAAUCGUCUGGCGUACCGUCGCCGACGUCAGCGUUGAGGUCUCCCAUUAAUAUCCAGUUGUCGAGGGUGAACGGAAAAACGAACGGUUCAAGUAAGCUCCCCAGAUGGACCCCUCCAAAGAACGGCUGGAAAGCUAGCAAUGGGUGGACGUACGACUCCUACCGCGUCGACCACGUUGGGUCACCACGGCACGAAGUUGAGAACGAAUCUCCAGCCCGGUCGAAAUUCAUCUGUAGGCUUUGCAGCCAGGACGCCGGUGACAAACUAACGGCGACCAUGUGCGGUCACUUGUUCUGCAACCCGUAA